AAGAGGAGACUUGUUAGCUUUAGAAGACUGUCGGUAAUUUAGCGAGCUGUGGGAAACUGGUGGGAGGGCUUACUGCAGUCCAUCUCUGAGACGUAACUUGUCUGUAUUUCGCUAGUUUUGUGUGCUGAAGACACAUCUAGUUUACCACAAUUGCACCAUGUACUGAGUAGGCCUACAGAGAAAUUGAUCACCAUAAUUUAUAAUAUAAUAAAUACAUUUAUAAAUUACCGUUCAUAUACAAGGGGGCUGAACUAUAAUUUCAACUGCUUUUGCACAUAAGCAAUUGAUGCACUUUGCGGAAAACAAUAUUUCCACAGAUUUCUUUUGAAGUGGUCUCUUUUUCUGUAUAACCAUGACCACUGGAAUUCACUGUGGUUGUUUAUUUAUACUGUUUUUUACAGCUUUUCCUCAUUCUCAAGCAGCACAGAACUGUCUGGAUAGACAACAUAUUGUGACUGUGGUCAGCCAAAUGGAAAAGCUCUUGAAAGGGCAGGAAGCACGAUUUACGGAAGGGCUCCGCAUUAUGAAAAGCAAACUGGCUGCUCUACAGACCUCUGUGUCCAAGUCGCCAGCUGCAGAGCCAUACACAGUUACAUGCCCUUCACUUGAAGCUCCACAGUAUGGGCAGAAGUUUGGUUCCAAGUAUUUAGUCGACCACGAAGUCCAUUUCACCUGCAGUCCCGGAUAUCAGCUGGUUGGCCCCGGCUCCAGAGUGUGCCAGGAGAACGGCAUCUGGACUGGGGUUAACCCUGUGUGCAAAGGGAAAAAGAAAGAGAACAAGGCUGUUGGACAUUUGAAAAAAAUUAAAGACAUCAGCAAGUGCUCCAGUAACCCGUGCCAGAAUGGAGGAACAUGCAGUGAAGGUGUAAACCACCACAGGUGUUCAUGCCCACAGAACUGGAGUGGGAGUCACUGCCAACAUCAGGUGUUGACAGCGCCCCCUGAAUGGAGCGCCAUGAACGACCCAGCCUUCAGCCGUAAGCCCCGCUGUGCCAAGAUCGACCGGACCCAGCACUGCAGCUGUGACGCCGGCUUCCACAUGAGCGGUACCUCGGACAACAGCAUCUGUCAAGAACACCAAGGCCAUCUGCUGGACAAUCAAUACAUUACAAUCAACAACACAGACCAUCUGCAGGUAGAUUCAGACGUGAAUGAAUGUGAGGUGUACCAGCUGGAUGGAGCUUCCAGACUCUGCAUGCAUGCCUGUAUCAACACCCCCGGCUCGUACCGCUGCUCCUGCCCGGCUGGAUACAAGAUCCUUGACGAUGGAAGGAGCUGCGAGGAUGUAGAUGAGUGCCUUGCCUUGCAGCACAACUGCACCAGGGGAACCACCUGCAUUAACACAGGGGGAAGCUUUCAGUGUGUCAAUCCAGAGUGCCCAAAGUCUCAUGGGAAUGUCAGCUAUGUGAAGACAACUCCAUUCCAAUGUGAACGCAACCCCUGCCCAAUGGACAGCCGAUCCUGUCACCUGGCUCCCAAGACGGUCUCGUUCCAUUACCUCUCCCUUCCCUGCAACCUGAAGACCCCGCUCACUCUGUUCCGCGUGGCGACGGCGGCGGCCCCAGGCAGGCCCGGCCCUGAUAGCCUGCGUUUCGGGAUCAUGGGUGGAAACAACAAGGGCCACUUUGUGAUGCAGCGCUCCGACCGGCAGACCGGGGAGCUCAUCCUGGUUCAGAGCCUGUGCGGGCCCCAGACCAUAGAAGUGGACCUGGACAUGUCAGAAUACCUGGACCGCACGUUCCAGGCCAAGCACGUGUCAAAGGUCACGGUCUUUGUGUCUACCAAUGAAUUUUAAGAGACCUUGGUUUCUUACCUUGAACUUUUUAGUGUUCACUUGAAGAAUCCAUCAUGUUUUUCCUAAAGUCCAUUCUUCCUUCAGUAUCUUUUGAGUUGAUUUAUUGAGAGGUUGCCCAUUUCUUUAAAAAAAAAAAAAAGUUUAAUAGAAUAAGGAUUAUAAGAAAUGGCAAUGGAAACCAUUGUCAAGACUGAUAACAGGGUAUAUAAACGAGGUGUAGUACUGAAUGUCAGUAUUUUCUUCCGUUAUUGAUGGUAUUGAGUCUAUUGUAGAAAUACUAGAGGGUGAUUAGAGUUAGAAUCUUCAUAAUGUUCCAGAUCAAGAAUGCCACUUAAUGGACACUAAAUUGAUAAACUCAACUAACCCUAUGAAAACUGCAUAUACAUUCAUUGAAUGGUACAAUAUGAUUCUUACUGACCUAACCUAUGUGUCAUGGUUCUGCUUUCCUUGGAUCAGUCAGGCUGGAGAUUUAUAGUAAAGGAGAUUUCAUUUACGAAAAUUAGAAAAAGUAAGAAAUUCCACGUUGUUGCUCUUUUUAUAUGGACUUGAUGCCAAAGGAAUCUUUGAAAACAAUUUUCAUGAAAUUAUCUGAAUUAGGUCAUUGUUUUUUGUUUUUUGCAUAUCUACUUGGAUGUUAUUAUUAACAUAUGUUAGAUUUUUUCUCAAUGUUUUAACGGUAAUCAUAAAAGUUAUUUGAAUUGGUAAAGACCUCGGAAAUGUUAAAUAACAACAUUAUACAUUGAAUUGAUGUUUGAGGUGUUUUUUGAGAAUGUUACCUGUAAAUACUAGACCAAUCAGAUGUUAUUUAUAGGGUUGUUAUUCCUCCAUAAGAACAGCAAAUGAAUAGCACCUGCAGGUAAUUCAAAAUAUCAAACAUAAUCAUACCACUUAUAACUGUGCCUUAAUACUACCAGUGUUCAUAAUGUAUUGCACAUAAAAUGUAUUUAUUGAAAUAACACUGUUUUAUGUUCGUUAUUGUUCUAUACUGUGACUUGAAUACGUACAACACACUUACAGUAGAAAUUCAGAGACUUGAAGUGUAGAGGUGGUCACUGCAAGUGCUGCAGUUCUAAAGCUCUACAACUGUUUGUGUAAAGGAGUCAG